CUCUCCCGACACUACUGCGGGCUAUUUCUCGGCGAAAGUAUCGGAGAGGCUGCCGGGCCGACCACGGACGACUUAGGAAGCGCCGUUGCGUCUGGCCCUGCACACCUCGCGAUGGAGUUGAAUCAAUUCUAACUAACACUUAUAAAUUAGCAAUGGUACAUAUAUCAUAGCUGAAGGUCCAUCUGCCUCCUGCGCGGGCCUGCUCCAAGGUUGACUUGAAACAAUUCACACCUCACUCCAGUUGACACCUCGCUCUCUCUCCGCGUCUGCUGCUCAAGUGAAUAGCCAGCCCACCAUGGCCUCAUCCCAGUCAAACUCGUACUCCACGCCUAAGUGGUGGAAGGAGUCGGUCGUGUACCAGGUAUACCCGUCGUCCUUCCAGUCCUCGCCAGGGGCCAAGCUGCCUGGCUGGGGCACAGUCAAGGGCAUAACCUCGCGGCUGGACUACCUCAAGUCGCUGGGCGUUGACGUGCUGUGGACCAGCCCAAUCUAUAAGUCACCACAGGCCGACAUGGGCUACGACAUCGCCGACUACAAGCAGAUCGACCCACGGUACGGGUCGCUGGAGGACGUGGACGAGCUCAUCGCCGAGCUCAAGAAGCGCGGCAUGAGGCUCAUGAUGGACCUGGUGGCGAACCACACCUCGGACGAGAACGCCUGGUUCUUGGAAAGCCGCAGCAGCAAGGACAACCCCAAGCGCGCGUGGUACCACUGGCAGCCGCCCAAGGGGUUCGACAAGGAGGGGAAGCCCGUCCCGCCCAACAAUUGGGCGCAGAUCCUGGGCGAGGCCAACUCGGCGUGGACGUGGGACGACAAGACGGGCGAGUUCUACCUGAGCCUCUUCACGCCCGAGCAGCCGGACCUCAACUGGGAGAACCCCGAGGUCCGGGAGGCUGUGUGGGACGUGAUGCGGUUCUGGCUCGACCGGGGGGCGUGCGGCUUCCGCAUGGACGUGAUCAACAUGAUCUCCAAGGUGCCCGGGUACCCCGACGCCGACGAGGUGCUGGGCCCCGGCCACAAGUACCAGCCGGCGUGGAAGCACACCGUCAACGGCCCGCGGCUGCACGAGUUCCUCCGCGAGAUGCACGACACGGUGCUGAGCAAGUACGACACCAUGACCGUCGGGGAGAUGCCGGGCGUCAGCGACGACAACGAGAUCCUGCGGACGGUCGGGGCGAACGCGGGCGAGCUCAACAUGAUCUUCAUCUUCGACGUGGUGGACAUCGACAUGCACGACGUCCGGAUGACGUUGCGGCCGUGGACGGUCAAGGAGAUGAGGGGCAUCAUCUCGCGCUGGCAGAACGUCAUGAUCGAGAGGGACGGGUGGAACUCGGUGUUUAUCGAGAACCACGACAACCCGCGCUCCAUCUCGAGGUACGCGAGCGACAGCGACGAGGACAGGGCCAAGUCGGCGCGGCUGCUGGCGCUCAUGCAGACGACGCUCGGCGGCACCGUGUUCGUCUACCAGGGCGAGGAGAUCGGGAUGCGCAACAUCCCCAGGGACUGGCCGAUCGAGGAGUUCAAAGAUAUCGAGACAGUCAACUACUGGGAGAAGGUCAACGCGAUCUACAAGGACGACCCGGACAAGAUUGCACUGGGGCGCAAGAUCAUCGACACAAAAGCAAGAGACCACGCCCGCACACCGAUGCAGUGGGACACGACGCCAAACGCAGGCUUCUGCGAGGAAGGCGUCAAGCCCUGGAUGCGCGUGAUGGACGACCACAAGACGGGGACCAGCGCCGCCGCCCAGGUGGGCUUCCAGUCCGACACGGAGCUGUCGCCCUGGCAGUGGUGGCAGCGGGCGCUGGCGGACCGCAAGGCGCACAAGGACGUCUUUGUCUACGGCGGCUUCGAGGACCUCUCGGCCGCGGACGACGAGGCCGUGUACGCCUACGCGCGGACGAGCAGCACCGCCGCGGGCGAGAGGUGGGUCGUCGUGCUCAACUUCUCUGGCGAGCAGCGGAGCUGGGCCCUGCCUGAGGGCUACGAGGUGGACUCUUGGGCGGCUACGACGUAUGGCAAGGGCGAGGCUGAGGGGAGGGCGGUCACUGGGGCGGUUACGCUGGAGCCUUGGGAGGGCCUGCUUGGGAAGUGCAAGGCUUGA